AUGGCAGAUCAGAAAGGUUCCUCCGAUGAGAUACUCCAUGAACUUUUCGGUCUAAUGAAAAUAUACAAAGACGGCCGUGUGGAAAGGUUAUCCGGCACCGACGUCGUUCCGGCCGGCUUGGACGCCGAAACCGGAGUGCUAAGCAAAGACGUCGUGAUUUCUCCGGAGCCCAAAGUGUCUGCAAGGCUCUACCUGCCGCCCAAAAUUCCUGCCGGCGAGAAACUUCCGCUUUUGUUGUAUUUCCACGGCGGCGCGUUUGUGACUGAGUCCGCCUUCUCCCCCACGUACAUGAAGCCGCUCAACUUGCUGGCGGCGGAGGCCAACGUCUUGAUCGCGUCGGUGGAUUUCAGAUUGGCCCCGGAGCACCCUCUCCCGGCGGCUUAUGACGACGGGUGGACGGCUCUGAAAUGGGCCGCUUCCCACGCCGCCGGCGACGGCGGCGAGGAGUGGCUGAAUGAGUACGCUGACUUCGACGGCGGAGUGUUCCUCGGCGGCGACAGCGUCGGCGCCAACAUAUCCCACCACCUGGCAAUGCGGGUCGGGUCGACGGAGGAUAAUAGCGUGGACGGCGUCAAAAUUAACGGACUUUUCUUCAACUGUCCGUUUUUCUGGGGAGAGGAAAAGAUCGGCGAUGACCUUGCUAUCCAGUUCAUCUCCCCGUUCGUGGAGACGAUUUGGAAAAUCGCCCUGCCGGAAGCCACGGGGCUGGACGACCCGCGUAUCAACCCGGCGAAGGACCCGGAACUGGGAAAACUGGGUUGCAAGAGAGUUCUAAUUUAUGUUGCAGAGAAAGAUGUAUUAAAGCACAGAGGGUGGCAGUACAAGGAAGCAUUGAUUAGCAGUGGGUGGCAAGGGGCGGCGGAGGUGGUGGAGGUCAAAGGGGAAGAACAUAUUUUCAAUUUGAAUAAGCCCACCUGUGAUAACGCCAUGGCUAUGCUUAAAAACCUCGCCACUUUCUUCCACGACUCCAACCCCUAA